AUGGAAAUAAACCGUCACAGAGAUAUAACUUGCUUUUUCUUUCUUUUUUGUUGGCUUUUUCUUAUUGUGUUGCAUUUCGGGACUUCUGAUGAAACUCAGGAUUACUUCCAAAAAGCAGAAUCCCAGUACAGUACAAAUUCUUCAACAAGCGAUGAUGAUUAUCAAGAGUCAAAAGCUGAAAAGGGCAAUGAAAAAAGAAGAGUCGUUGUUGGAAUUUUAGCAACAUUCGAAAAUUAUGAAAGAAGAGAAGCUCAGCGAGAAACUUGGCUUUUAUCAUCAGAAAUCGAGCAUAAAUACAUCAUCGACAGCUGGACCCCUGAGUGGCGUGCCGAAAAUGAAAUCUUCGGAGACAUCGUUUCUAUCAAUGCGAGCUUCAGCGGGCUAGCCUACGCGCAGAAUACUCAGCGCCGUGACGACUCGAAAAAAGGCUUUCAUUCUCAAAAAUACAAAAAAGACUCGACAAGAGACGAAAUUCUUAAAAACGACCAAAAUAUGUUCACUACGAUUAAAUCAUUCUUCGGCUACUCCGUUGAGGAAGAACGAGUCCCUGCGAUGGAAAAGAGCGAGCUCGAGGGAUGGGAAAUUAUUGAUCACGAGCAACAACAGAACGAAUCGGAAUCGGAAACUCCCUCGGUGCCAGUAAGGAGGCCGGAAAACAACAAAACCGCGGUUCGCAAAUCGGCAAGGAGGAUUCAAGAUUUGAUCCCAACGAUGCCCAGCGACAAGUACCAAAAGCCCUCGAAGAAGACGAAAAAGGGUUCCAAAGUUGGCCGCACUAUGAUGACCCGCUCAAUGAGGCAGCCAAUUCAGCAGCCACGAUCCAAUGAAAUUCAUUUUCACAGCCAUCUAUGA